AUGCUCAGAAAAAGCAGCGGGAUGAAGGAAGGACGGGCUAAGGCUAACAAGCUUGUUCAAGGAAAGCACCGCUACAAAGAUGCUCAGCGCGGCUUGCCAGUAAUAUCAGUGCGCGCAAUACCCAAAUCCAAGAAGGCAAUCGCUAGCAUCGUUGCAGACGAUGAGUGUGAAGUGGAUAUUCGCUGCGUGUUCCCGGAGGAGUUCGUGAUGAAAGCCCAGUCGGCGAUUCGGACGUUUCGUAACGCUCUCGGGGAUGGGAUCUCUAGCGAUGGGAUCGGCGUCAGAGUGCCUCGAUUUGGCGUUUAUUCUCAGCAGGAUAUUAACGCAAUGGAUAGGUGGCACACAGCAAUCAGUUACGUGACUGAAACUACAAACGCUAUCAAUUGGGCGCUCCACACAAAUAUCAAGCGCGUUGGGGUACCACCCGAACUUGAAGACGGCGUCAGUGAAAUUCCUGAAGAUCGAGAGGCGGCGUUCAAACGGUUUCCACUGCGUGAAGAACGUUCAACAGCGUUAGGAAGUCUACCGUACCGCGCACUACUGUCCUUUUGGGAGAACAAGUGGGUGGAUGAUGCUGCAAUGUACCACGGACUUAUACUACUUCAACGUGAAAAUGCUGGCGUUGGAGUUGUGGCCCAAUUUUCAGCAGUUACCCGAAGAGCAAGUUAA